AUGUCUUUUCAGAGAGUCACAACCAGUCUCUAUGGUAGCAAUUCUUCAUUCGGUGAAAAUUUAUCAUCAACAAAUUUCUGUCACCUUGACGCAAAUUCAGUCGAUAUCAGGCUGGACAGCAUCAAAGAUAUCCGUAUGGACUCCAUUAUCGAUGCUUAUGUUGCAGCUACUCACAAGGAUUCCAAGAGUCCUGCAAUUAAUCUUAUCGUUUUGCAACAAUGUGUUGCUAGUAUUAAUGAGCUGAUUGGAUUUCGUCGUCAAUUAUUCCUCGGAAAGGAAAGCGACAAACUUGAGGCUGGAAUUGAGACUGAAAACCCAAGAACUAAACUUGCAUUUGAAACUGAAAAUGUUAAGGAUCUUGUCUUUACGGGAGUCGACAGUUACUCUCCUAAUUGUGCUCUUUGCAGACUCAGGUGGAAAUGUUUUAACCGCCGAAAUUACAACUCUGAUCACUACCGUCUUGUAGAGAUCUCGUUGUACCAUUUGGCUGUGGCAGCUGCUCACGAAAGUAUUUCUUUGGCUCGCAAAGUGCAUAAUUCUGGCCCAGUUCGGUCUAAAAAAAAGCGCCAAAAGAGAAGAAACGGCGUGGUUGGAUAUAAAGAAUUGGCUGCAAAAUCUGGGCUUUCGCCAUGGCAUUUCCAUAGGGUGUUCAAGUCAGUUACCGGCAUAACGCCUAGGACUUAUGGUGAUAAAUGCUUGCAAUAUUUUGAGAGUAUGUUCAAAAAGGAGGCAGAAAUUUCUUCAGAACUGCAAAAAGCGACGUUAAGUGAGGAUUCUUGGGAUACGAAAACUUCUUUGCGUGGAAUUUCUGCACCACUGGAAAAGAGAGAACCAACUUUCAACACAAAGGUGUUCCAAUCUGUGCCCAAGCAAGCUUCGAGCUUUAAUUCAGAGACAUUUCCAAUAACGGCUUCCAUUGAAGAGCUAAAAUGUGACACAGAAAGUGAUUCACCUACCUCAAAUAAUACGUGUGAAUCGUUUUUUGUCGCAAAUCAGCCACACACAGUAUCAAGUCAAUCUAUAUCUGGCUGCGAGUAUGGUUCCAAUUAUACAACUUCGUCACUGUCUUCGAUCCUGGAGAGUUGCAAUCCAAAUGAUGUCACAUACUGCUCUGACUCCGAGAGCAAAAUUUUGUCAGCCGUAGAGCAUUUGCUGUAUCCCUUCUUUGAAAAAUCUGCUGACUUGUCAAUAAAUCCUACCAUCACGGUAAUUGUUCCUGAGCUUCAUAGCCAGAAUUUCGGACUCACCAAGGCAAGAAUUGAUAAUUUUGCCAAUUUUGAGCUUAAAUUGAUUGACUCCGAUUUCCUACCAGAAGCCAUGGCGGCAUAUUAA